AUGUCGCUUACUUGGCACGGGGGGUAUCGGGUGAACGACAGUGGGAUGAGGAGCAGACAUGUCGGCAGCAAUGGAUUCACGGGUAGUGUGAUGGAUCUCCAAGAUUCGCCUUUCCGCGGCAUGGGAUUGCCCAGCCGCGAGGAGAUCGACGCGGUAUUGAAGGUCCAGAAGAAAGAUGACAGCAGCGUGACGGCGAAGAUCCAGGGCAAGCAAUCGAAUCCGUCUUCUGCGCAUGCCGGCGAGCCCCACGGAAGCCCACGGUGGCCCGUCCACAGAGGCGAAAUAUCGCCAGAAGGGGUCGGUCCGGGCGGACGGAUGUGGCUCGAGCUCGGACGUUAUGCAACAUACGUCGAUGUGGCCUUGGGCCUCACAAGGCACUGGACCCUGAAUAAGCUCCAGUCGAUGGCAGUCUUGCUACCGGCGGUGUUUCUUGACGAGCGCGGCACACGGCUGCAGGAAGAAGGGGGUCGGCAGCAUUUCCAAUACAUCGGCGGCGAGGGCGGCACCGGCAAGUCUCGCGUCAUACACGCCAUCAAGGACAUGUUCCGGCUGAAGGACGGUCUCCACACGCUGCUCCUGACGGGCGCCAGCGGUAAUGCGGCCGCGCUUAUCGGCGGAGUGACGCUGCACUCGGCGGCAAAUAUUGCGUUUGAGGGCAGGGCAGCGACAGCAAGGAACAUCUCGGAAGAAGAGAAGCUGCGGUGGAAAAACAUGAUCAUGCUGGUUAUCGACGAGAUCAGCCAGGUGGGCGGUCUCACGCUCGCGGCGGUGGACAGCCGCCUGAAGCAGUACAGAGACGACCACCAUCGACCGUUCGGCGGGAUCCCAAUGGUCAUGUUCUUUGGUGAUUUCUUCCAGUUCGACCCCAUCCUGCAGACCAGCCUCCUCUUGCCAACGCCUAGGGACCCCGGUGGACAGAGACCGGACAGCGCUGCAAAGCACCUAGCAGCGCAUAAGCUGUUCCUCCAGUUCACGAACGUCGUCAUCCUCCGCGAACAGGUCCGCGCGGCCGGCUGUCCAAGGUUGCGGGGUUUCCUUCCGCGCCUGCGCAAUGGCGAGCAAACCGAGCUAGACUUCCAGCGGCUAUGUCAGCGCGUCUAUACACCGUCGAGCGAGUCCUCCUUCGUAGAUGGCUUGAGAGCCAUCACGCCUCUGAACCAAGACCGGUGGGACAUGAACAUGGCGGCCGUCGUCCAGUGGGCUCGUGCCCACGGCAAGCACAUCUCCAUCUUUGUGGCCAAGCACGAUACCGAUUCGGGGAAGCGACUAAGUGUGGAAGAGCUGUGCCGCGUGCUUCGCUACGGAGACGACUCCCAGCUGCCAACCCCGGGCUUGUUCUUCUACGCUCAAGGGAUGCCGGUGGUGGUGACUCGCAACCAGUUUGUCGGGCUAAAGGUGGUCAACGGGGCACCUUUCAAGGCCGUCGACAUCUUCCCCGACCUCGCAGCCGGCACCAUCGCGCUCGCCAACGACGUGACUCUCCAUCUCGGGCCACCCGUGGCCGUCCUCCUCGAGUCGGAGGAUACCGCCGGUCUGGCCAUUCCCGGGCUCCCGAACGGCACAAUCUUGAUCAAGAGCAAGACGGUCGCCAUCCCGAGCCAUAUGCGGGGCAAAGAAGGCAGAUGGAGGGGCAAGCCAGGUUUCAGGUGGGUCACCCACCGAACGGGGUCUCUUUGCACCCCGGCCUUCGCCAUGACAGAUCAGAAGAGCCAGGGCAAGCAGUUCUCCAACGUCCUCGUCAAUCUCAAAGGCGUCCACUCCAGCGGUACGGCGACGCGGCCCAGCUUCAUGAGCCUGUACGUGCAGCUGUCGAGGGCGCAGAGCUGGGACGGGCUGCAUUUGUUUCGGAAACCGGGGCGCGGCGACUUCAUCGAGCCCAAGAAUGUGCUGGACAAAGACAUGAGGGAGGCCAUCCUCAAGCUGGAACGGCGGGGCGAGGAGACCAGGCGGCGGUUCGAGCAGGACCACAGGCACGAGUCGUGGUUUCAAGAAUGGGCUGCCAUGCCUGAAUCUGGCCAAGGGACUGAAACCGAUGACGUAGAGGGCGCGGCGCUCUGGCGAGACCCUGGGGUUCCCGAGCCCGAAUCGUAG